GGGAACACCGCCCCCCGCGUGACCCCCUUCUCCGUCAUGGACAUCCUCGACCCGCACAAGUUCACCGGGAGGGCGAGCGAGGACGACCUGCACGACUCCUUCUCCGACCGGCCGGACGACGAGGACGACAACGCCUACAUCUCAGUUUGCUCGGACUCCGGCGACGAGGCAGAAGGACCGGAGGGCGAGGGCGUGGGCGGCGCGAAGGACGACGGGUGUUCCGGAGGGCAGCGGCGCGGCGGCGGGGGCGGGGGAGCCUCUGGGGGCGCGGGGGCCGGAGGGAAGCCUCGGCGGGCGCGCACGGCCUUCACGUACGAGCAGCUGGUGUCCCUGGAAAACAAGUUCAAACAGACGCGGUACCUGAGCGUGUGCGAGCGCCUGAACCUCGCCCUGGCGCUGAACCUGACAGAAACGCAGGUCAAGAUCUGGUUCCAGAACCGCCGCACCAAGUGGAAGAAGCAGAACCCGGGCUGCGACGUUAACACGCCCACGCAGCCGCCCAGCCCGCCCAUCUCGACAUUUUCAUUUGAUUUCCUUCCAUAA